AUGUCUCCGCCGGAGCACGGCCGUGCCUCAGACCUCCUCUUCUCCCUCUCUCUCUCCCUCUCUGUGAGGGAGAGCGAGCGGACCACCGGUCAACGCCCUCGCCUUAAAGUCUCGGGACACAAAGUCUUCCCCUUCUUCAUCGGCCCAGAAUCACAGACCUGGAUCCCCGAACAGCAGCUGGUGCCACUGACUGCGAGCGAGUGGUCCUCGUCGGCUCCCGCUGCCGCUGCCUUUUCUGCUUCUGCCGUCCAUCCACGCCGGGGGCGACGGGAGCAGCUGGAGCCUCCCUCCCUCCAUGGCCUGCCCGCGACGCUCCCGUCGACACUGAACUAUUCUUGUGGCAAUGCCGGCGGGAGCUGCUGCUGGCCAGAGUUCGGGCCAUCCGGUCUUGACUGGAGUCGCAUGAUGGUUUACCUUCUCGUUUGCAUAUUCCAUUCGAUCUCCUAGAAUGCUCCGCGGGCAUACCACUCCCAAUAGUUCCGAGUAUUAAUGAUUCCACUGUGCUGUGCGACACCUGGAGAUUGCAAGUGCACCGAUUUGUUUUUUUCUCAUUUUCGAACUGUUGCGCAUCUGCCUCUUCACGAAGGCCAAAGAGAUAAGCCCGAAAUCUGAACAUCCUUCGCAAUAUGUACCCCACAGAGCACCACCGAUCUCGACCGGAGCAAGUGUCGGAAAAUAUCAUCAAUCGCCAUUAGCAACACCAUUCCUAUCCGAAUUUCCCCAGUUUUUACCGACGAUGAAGUAAAACAUCUGGCUGCCAAUUGGAUCACCCCCGACCGAUCAAAGCAAGAUGACUGAAUGCUGGAAAGUCGUGUGUACUCGUGAUAGCGUGCAUGGGGCGCCAAAUUCCUUACCAGCCCCAGUUUUCUACCCUGUUUGCCCAUUGGCUCGAGCCGCCUUGCAACUUCUUCACGGAUCUGGGACGGACGUAGGCCUGAUUGCCCGCAGCUAGUAGCAUUUAUGUCCAUGCUUAUCUUUUGUUCUCACUAUGCCAUAUUCUCUAAAUUUUAUUCGGAG